AUGCCAGCACUAACCCCCUGCCUAGAAAAAUCUGUGACAGUUCAUCUCGAAGUUCAUUGGCUGGCAGUUUACUCUAGUGACUGUUCACCCAAUCAGAGGCUGAGGAAGUGCCACAUUUCCCUGCCCCCAUCCUCCUCCUCCUCCUCUGAAGUGGCUUUUGGGAUCCAGUCAGACCAACUGAGUGACAAAAAAAUGCAGAAUUUUUCAGCUGCCUCGUCGUUGGAGGAGUUCAGCAAGACCAGGAGACAAAAGGGAGACAAUUAUGUCACAGCCCCAUUUGACCCACGCUUCCCAAAUGCCAACCAGACCCGCAACUGCUACCAGAAUUACUUGGACUACUACCGCUGCACCAAGAUCCUGUCAGCCAAAGGCAAGGACCCCAAGCUGUGUGAGUGGUACCGCAGGGUUUUCACAUCCCUGUGUCCUGUUUCCUGGGUGAGUCGCUGGGAUGAUCAGCGAGCAGAUGGAACUUUUCCUGGCAAGAUAUGAGCUUCUACUUUGGCUUACAUGAAAAGACCCCCCGCACAGCUUUUCCAGCCCAUCCCAAGUCAGCCAGAUCCAUUGCUGGAUACUUCAGCAGGUGUAACUUUGAAUUAUUCAGUUGUUGUGUGUUUACAAAUUGCAGGGCGGGGAAGUUAAUUCUUUCUAAAAAGGAAAAUGUUUCCUAAUAAAUUUUUCCUGGAAACAGAAA